AUGUCCGCAGCUAAGCGUAGAAGAGGCAAUUCUCUUCAUCUCAACCUUAGCGGGGCUCAGGCCGAGGAAUUGCCUCCAAUUGUGGCAGCUUUCUUCGUCACAUUCGACCUCCGAGCUGGAUACACGAUAGCAUGGCAGCGAUCGAUCCCGGGAUUAGAACUUGACUCGAGCGUCGAAUACAAGUCGCUACCUUCCGGCCUACACAACGUGAGCGAGGAUCUCAUAUACUUUAUUCAAUCGAAUGAAUACGCGGGGGUUAGCGCGUACGUCAAUAAACCCACACCGGGAUCGGAUCGCAAUGCCAACAUGCUUGCGGUCGGUGUGCUCGUACCAAGUCAUGGGCAACUGGGCAAGAGUUGGAGACAUGCGGAUGGACUUAAGAAAUUGGCAGUAGCGAUUGCCGAAAAUGAGUCCAACACCGAGCCCUUGGAGGAGUACUGGAGUGCUCAUCAAGAUCACGAGACCGGUGAAGAUGAAGAAGCCGUCGCCCCAUCUCCUUCCAUCAAGGCGAAACAGCCGCAGCUAGAAUCCUCUGCUAAUGGAGCAGCCCGGCAAAGAAACCGUGCAGUUUCUACAGCCUCUGCCCUUGCUCCACCUGGUCAAUAUCUGUCCAAGACCCAUCCAGCCACUGCUUUGCCCCUCUUGAUUGAGACUUUUGGCCCACUUGUUUUCCCACUCUAUAAGGCUGCUCUUCUGCGGAAGCGAAUCCUAAUAUCUACGCGUGCCCCAGUCGAAACUGCUUGCAUUUUUGUCUACAACAUCUCUGUAAUAUCCGGGCUGCCCGCCUCUAUAGCGGACGGUCUUCCACUAGAACCGUUACCAUUCCGCCUUCAACCACUGUUCUCGGUUGGCGUACACGAUAUGGACGAUCUCGCCCAUGGAGGACGCGACUCUGAAUCCUCGGAUGAUCCUGGGUUGGGUUGGGUUGCAUGUACGACAGAUGACAUUUUGUGCGACAAGCCUCAGCUAUACGACUAUCUCAUUCGUCUUCCGACUCUUCCCCCCGGACCGGUCCAACGCAAGGUCUGGCCUGAGAUUUUCGAUGCGAAAGGCAUAGAGAUCAAGGCAACACAACGAGAUUUGAGGAGAUAUCGUGUCUUGCGGCAAGAAACUCGUCGGCUAGACAGAUCAACAUCCCCCAAAAGCACACCAGCUGACUUGGCCCACUCGCUCACGUUCAUGAAUCAGGAGACGGCGGAAACAGACACCUCGUCAACCCUUGAUGCUGACCUAGCGGAACCGCAAUCCUGGUCAGCGCUUGCGUACAACAGCUUCAUGUGGUGGGCAUCAGCAGGAGAAAAGCGGACUGACCUAGACGAAGAAGAACACCAAGACUCCUCACUCUUACGUCGAAUCACCACCGAUAGUAGUCCGUCUCGUCCGAGAUCCAGUGGGAAAUCUCCAGUCAUGGACAUGGCGUUCGAGGGGCCGUCAGCGCUGGAGAUGACUUUAGUGGCCUUCUUCCAUCGCCUAACGACCAUGAUUAUCCAAAUAUUAUCUGAACUCAUCGAUGAUGCAGACGCAGAUGAGUCUUCUAGUGAUAAUGAGCGAAGUAUACGCCGAGGUUCUGAUACUGAUCGAUUAGAGACCCCAAAUGACACUGAACCUCUCAUGACUACACAGGACGGUGAAGAUCUAACGCAGAUUGUCGUCGAAGCAGAUGACAUGUCCCGAAUGGGACUCGACCUCUGGAGUGAAAGCGACCGAGCCUUCGUGGAAGGGCUGAUUUUAUUCUAUUGGGGCCGCAAGGCUGAUUAUAAGUCUUCAGUCCUUGAUCCAUCAACGUAUACGAUAAAAGAUCAAAAGCAAUUCAUGGCUUCAAUAGCAAUCGCAGUGCAGUCGCAGCCGACGUUUCUCAUUAUGGGCAUGAUUUGA